UCUACUAUAGGCCCAGUCUCAGCUGAACCAAAAAUGAGCUCAGUACAAUACAGUAUCAAAAACCCUCAAGGUCGAAAUGUCAAGAAAACUUUUAAUAAAGAUGAUCAUGGGAGGAUCAUGACUUCACUGAAUUCAAUAGCCAUAAAAUACAUGAUACUGGGGCAAGAGUUUUGUAUUCCUGAACAUAAAGUAGAGGCAAUUGAAGCAAAUAAUAGAGGGAAACAAUGGCAAUGUCUUAAUGGUGUUGUUGGUGAAUGGCUGAAAUGGAACUUUACGGAUGAUGUAAAGGAGAAAAAAGUUCAACCAAAUUUAGACUGGCUAGUUCAGGCUGUGAGUGUAAUAGAUGGUAAACUUGCAAACAAACUUAAAAGAGAUUAUGGGUUUGAAGAAAGUUGUGACAUCCCUGAUAUAGGUACUGAGCAACAAGGACAAAUUCCACAGCCACUGGUAGAAACAAAUAGGCCAAGAGAAGAAGAGGAUGAAGAAAAUGAUUAUCAAGAGGAUAUCAAUUGAUUAAAACUAAAACUUUAAACAUUAUCUUAACUUUAGCUAUAAUUUUAUACAGUUCUAAAAAUAAUGAUUUUGGGAGCUUUUAUUAUAGUUUUUAUUGGGAUUCCUAUUGCAUUGACUGUGA